GCAGCUUUUUUCUUUUUGGUUUGACAUGGUUUAUUAUGCAGGGAGUAUUUCUCAUCAUAAGUUUGAGGAUUCGUUGAAGAAAAUGUGUAAGGAAGGAGCAUACUGGGGAACCGUAGCUGGAGUGUACGUUGGACUGGAGGAUGGUGUAGAGAGGAUUCGGGGUGUUAGAGAUUGGAAGAAUGCAAUGAUUGGGGGUGCAUUGACAGGAGCUGUAAUAUCAGCAGCUAGUAACAAGAACAAAGACAAGAUUGUGAUGGAUGCCAUUGCAGGUAGUGCUAUUGCAACUGCUGCAGAGUUUAUCAACCAUUUCACAUGAAACAUAGAACUAGCCUUGGGUCGUGAUGCAACACUCAGGCAUAUCUCAUGUUACAUAGUAAUAACAGCAUCAGAAGAUGCUUAUCCGUCUGGGGACCAAACCAUGCUAAUCCACUUUUUCAGGAUGUUUUGUUUCUGUUGAAAUAUGAGAUUUAGCACAUAGCAAGGUGAUCAGAAGGCCGCUUAGGCCUGCUGCCUUGCUUUGUUUUAUACUCCAAUUACAUUUCAGCCAAUCGACUAGAGUGAUUACUUUUACGACUACAAAUUUAUGUUGCUCUAAAGAACCUAAAUGUCUGUUGUAUGCAUGAAUGUUAGAAGGUUCGUGACAGAAAAGCAGUUCAAAAUA